UGUCAGGUGUCAGCUGUUAAUGAAUGUCGAAAAAUGAAAAAGUAUUUUUGAUAACACUAUCGUUACAAAUUAAAAUCCAAAACACAAGCUUUUUAUGAGCAGUAAAGAAAUUAUAAACAUAUGAAAAUGUUCUCUUUCGCUUCACGUUGUUGUACAACACGAGGAAUACCAACAAUAAGAAAAUUUCCCCAAAUUGGAGAUGUGUCUAGAAUUAUAGUGCCAGGAAGUGUAAAUAAAACCAUGCAACUUAACAAGAAUUAUUUUACAAACGCACACCAAAAUGAACAUCAAAAUGUUCAUCGACUUUCAUACAAAUACUUCUUGUAUUCUAUUUUAUUUAGUGCAGUUACUUAUACAUCUUAUAGGAUCUGGUUGGGACACCAAGUGUUUCCUGCUAUAACUGCAGCUGAACAAAUAACAGAAACUGAUUCAGACAGUGAAGGUGAUACAAAAAAGAAAAGAUAUAGGAAAGAAAAGAUUGGAUUUAGAGAUAGAAAGAUAAUCGAAUAUGAGAAUCGUAUGCGGCAGUAUUCAACACCUGACAAGGUAUUUAGAUACUUUGCGACCCUACAGGCGCAACAUCAUGAUCAGCAUGAGGUUUUCAUGACGCCAGAUGACUUUUUACGUUCCAUGACACCCGGAGUAAAACAACCUGAUGGUUUGGGUUUGGACCAGUAUAGAAGAUAUGAUCCUAAGAGUAUCACUCAACGACUUAACCUAGAUCUUGACGAAGAUUCGAUUUUCUACAAGCUCGGCUCUUCGGGUCUAAUCACUUUCAGUGAUUACAUCUUUCUACUCACUGUUUUAUCAACAUCGCGUCGUCACUUCGAGAUCGCGUUCCGCAUGUUCGACCUGAACGGCGACGGGGACGUAGACUGCGAGGAGUUCGAGAAGGUGGCCGCGCUCAUCCGCCAGCAGAGCAGUAUCGGAUCGCGCCACCGCGACCACGCCAACACUGGCAACACAUUCAAGGGUAUUAACUCAGCGCUGACCACAUACUUCUUCGGUCCGAAACUAAAUGAGAAACUGACCAUAGAAAAAUUCCUCGACUUCCAACAGCAAUUGCAGAAAGAAAUAUUGUCUCUCGAAUUCCAGAGAAAACAGCCAGAUGAAAAUGGUCGUAUUACGGAGGCUGACUUUGCAGAACUGUUAUUAGCUUACGCCGGUUACCCCGCUAAGAAAAAGGCGAGGAUGUUAAAAAGGGUAAAGAAAAUGUUCCGCGACCACGGAGUGGGUAUCACAAAAGACGACUACUUAAAGUUCUUCCACCUGCUGAAUAAUAUAAACGAUGUGGACACGGCGCUCACGUUCUACCACAUCGCGGGCGCGUCCAUCGACCAGCCCACGUUGCGCCACGUCGCGCGCACUGUCGCACAUGUAGACCUCGACCCGCACGUCAUCAAUGUCGUCUUCACUAUAUUUGAUGAGAACAUGGAUGGUCAACUCAGUAACAGAGAAUUCGUAGCCGUAAUGAAGAAUAGACUACUACGAGGUUUAGAGAAGCCCAAAGAUACGGGAUUCGUAAAGCUUAUGUACUCACUUAUUAAAUGCGCACGAGACACCAAACCUGCUUUACUCGAUUUCUAAACACUUUUUAAUUAAAAUAUUUUCGAAUUUAUUUCACGUACUGGUCAUUACAUUUUAAGCUCUAUUCUUAAAGGUUAAGGAUUAUAAUGCUAUGAUACCAUAG